AUGUAUUUAUUCCACCUCAUCCCGAUUGUGUCCCUUCGUGUUGCCUAUUUUCUUUAUCUUCGUUUUUUCUCCACAUUCUUUCCCCACUAUCUUUCCUUUUGUUCUUUGUCCUCCUCCAACUUCUUCAACAAAUAUGUUUCUGUCUGUUCCCUCAACUUUCUUUCGCUUCUUCUUCUACUUCCUCACUUUCUUGUGCACUGCAAUUUGUUCUCCGUCUUCUUUUUCAUUGCUGUUUCUCUUCCUCCUCCAUUUUUUUCGAAUUCAUUCAUUUUCUUCUUCUUCUUCUUAUUAUUAUUCAUUUAUUUAUUUAUUGACUUCGAACUUUUCAAUUCCUUUUCUCCAUAUUUCUAUUUCUAUUGUCUUUCCUUAUCUUUCCCUCUCUUUUCUUAUCAUCAAAUUUCUUUUUUUCUGUUUUCUCCUCUCGAUUUUUUCUUCUACUUUUUCACCCUAUUUUUCUUUUUUCUUCUUCGCGCCUCUAAUUUUUUUUUUCGCCUUCUUUUGCUUUCACGUCACUGCUCUCUUCUUUUCCCUCUUUUUACAAUUUCUUUUUUGGUUUCUCUUUUUUUUUCCCUGCUUUUCAAAGCUCUUUUCUUCUUUCUCUCCUCUAUUUUGUUUCUAUCUUCUACUUUUCUCUCUUUUAUGUCGAUUCAUUUUCUUUUUCCUUCUCCCCUCUCUUUUUAUUAUCUACUUUUAAAACUUUCUCUCCUCCUCCUCUCUACGUUUUAUCUCCUACUUUUACAAUCACUCUCUCACUCUCUCUCUCUUUCAGUUCUUGUCCUCUUGCUCGUUCCCUCUCUUUUUGAAUCUUCUUUUUCAAGUUCUUUUCCGUGUACUCCCCCUCCUUUUAUUUUUCUACAUCACAAUCAUUCUCUCUCUCUCUCUCAGUCCUCCUCCUCUUCCCCAUUCUCUCUCUUUUUGAUCGUCUUCUUUUUUAAGUUCUUUUCCAUUUCUUUUCCAUGUACUCCCCCCUCCUUUUAUUUUUUUAUCUCCUACUUUUACAAUCUCUGCCUCUCUCUUAGUUCUCUUCCUCUUCCCAUUCUCUCUCUCUUUUUGAUCGUCUUCUUUUUAAAGUUCUUUUCCAUGUACUCCCCCUCCUUUUACUUUAUCUCCUACUUUUUACAAUUUCUCUCCUCUCUUAGUUCUCUUCCUCUUCCUCAUUCUCUCUCUUUUGAUCUUCUCCUCCUCUUCCCCAUUCUCUCUCUUUUUGAUCGUCUUCUUUUUAAAGUUCUUUUCCAUGUACUCCCCCUCCUUUUAUUUUUAUCUCCUACUUUUACAAUUUCUCUCCCUCUCUCUUAUUCUUUUCCAUGUACUCCCCCUCCUUUUAUUUUUAUCUCCUACUUUUACAAUCUCUCUCCCUCUCUCUUAGUUCUCCUCCUCUUCCCCAUUCUCUCUCUUUUUGAUCUUCUCCUCCUCGUUCCCUUUCCCUCUAUUUUUGAACUUCUCUCUCUUUCCGAUUGUUUCUUUUCUUUUCCUUUCUUUCUUUUGCCUAUUUGCUUCUUGUUUCUGGAGACACCUUGA